AUGCCGCCCCCCAGUACCACGUAUGUCGACAGCAAGGGAGUCACUAUCGACCUUUCAAACGACCAGCGACUCAUCGACGCUGCCGGUAUCGAGAAGCAUAUUCACAAUAAUCUCAAUUCGAUCCGAGCCCGGAUCCUCUCGAAGUUGUUCAAGGGCACCGCGGAAGAGAAGGGCAUUAAUGUGUACCUGGCCGAAGGCGACAACCAGCUCCGCGAAGUCUAG